AGAUUACGAGCUCUCGUAGUGCAUACUCGUACCUAUGGUACCAGUAGUACGAGUACUACUGUAUCUGGUACAAUUGACGUACAUCGGAGCUAUCAUUCGAGCACCAUUCGAUAUCAUUGCGACGAGGAGAAGCAGAGCCCGCGCCCAUUCCAUCUCUAGACAACGAAACAGAAACAAACCAAAUCGUAGAACAACGCGCCCACCAACUCUUUUCACCAAAACACAGCAGCACCAUUGGCGACAGCAACUGCUACAGCUACAGCUAUAGCUACAAAUCAGAAUGGCGAAGCAUCUAGCCCGCAUCCACGGAACGGAAGAAGACAAGGUCAAUUGCCCCUUUUAUUUCAAGAUAGGAGCAUGCCGCCACUCCGAUAGGUGCAGCAGGCUGCACCACCGACCUGCCUUUUCGCCCACAAUCCUAAUAAAGCACGUAUAUCGCCAUCCGGUGCGCGAGGCAGAACUCCAACAGACAGCGACCGGGAACAGCAACCCUUCGAGCAACAUGACACACAAAAUCGACAGAGUGAAAGCCUACGAAGACUUUCUCACGUUUUACGAGGACAUGUUUCUGGAACUCUCCAAGUUUGGUCGGAUCGACGAACUCAACGUCUGCGACAACCUCGGCGAUCACAUGAUCGGACACGUAUACUGCAAAUUCUUCAACGAGGAAGACGCCAGCGACGCCAAGGAGGCCAUGAACGGAAGGUUCUACGACGGGAGGAAGAUGGAUGUGGAAUUCAGCCCGGUCACGGAUUUCCGAGAGGCGCGCUGCCGCGAUUUCGACGAGGAGGUUUGCAGUCGCGGGGGCUUUUGCAACUUUCUGCACGCCAAGCCGGUUCCGAUGCCGCUCGUUCGCAGCCUCGAGGCGGAAUCGGAAGCGGAUCGCCGCCGAAACAAAGAAGACCGAAGGGACCGGGAACGAGAAGAGAGGCGGGCGCGAAAGAAGGAGCGCAAGGAACGAAAGCGWUCGCGGAGGGAAAAGUCGUCCCACCGAGAUCGGGAUCGCGGAAGCAGGUCUUCCUCUUCCAAGCACGACCGCGAUCGAAGCCCGUCGAGGUCGAGGUCGCGGUCGCGGUCGAGAUCGCCGGAGGGUGGUGGCGGCGCAUCGGACGAUGACUACAGCGACAAAUCCAACUAAAUCCGAACUCUCAUUGGCUAGACUGGGCGGGUCAUGGCGAAAAUGAAACGCAUCGAAUUGGAGAAAUUUGGCAUCGAUCAGACUGGCGUGUUGAUUGGAAGCGAACCGUACCUUCACAAAAUCCAUGGUUCUGYUUCCUUUUCAAUGGCGAUAUAAAUACAAAGGGGAAGGCUAGCAUCAAGAAUCGAUUGGUAAAUCAUACCCAUCGAGCACUUGUAAUUAGAUUCCAUGUACAGACUUUCUUUAACAUCAAAAUAACCAAACUACUACCCGUAGUUGUUACAUUUUCAAAAUUGCUUGUACGAGUAUGAUUAUAUUAUACUUACCAAUAAUUUUAUUCGAAUCUA